CAAGACACGAAUGGGGCAACCUCUUGCCGAGUUUUUAAACCGACCAAUGAGAGAGAACUACAUCUCCCAGCUGCCAUUGCGCCCACUUGUGAAGCAAACAAAGAGCUUCAUUCCCGCAUGCGUCUCUAGCAGGUGUAAAAACGAGAUACAUAUCGAAUCAGUAUCAUCAACACAACGCCAUUUUAAAAAGGAUGAUGUUAAUGAGGAGUGUGAAAACAAAAAUCUGUCCAGAUCCUCGCGUGACUUCAGGAUUCCGGAAGUGUGAAUGACCUGAGUAAAAGAGAGAGAGAGAGAGAGAGAGAGAGCUGUCCGAGGUGCUGACACCAAUUUGGGAAGAUGGAUGAAAAUCAAGAGUCAUCCUCCUGUUUUGCCAACGCCCAUGACACCAGCAGCAGUCCGACCAGCAGUGUAUCUGGCAUAGCUCCACAAUGCAACGGGGCCCCGGAGCACCGGACCCUGCUGCGGGCGUCUGAGUCCCACGGACUGCAGCUGCUGGGUGUGCUCAGAUCGUUGAGGGAGCGAGGCCUCCUGUUAGACUUCACUGUUAAGGUCCAGGAAUGCAGUUUCCCCUGUCAUCGUUGUGUGCUUGCAGCUUGCAGUGAUUUCUUCAGGGCUAUGUUCGAGGUGGACAUGCGAGAGCGUGAUGAUGGUUCGGUGACUCUGGGUGACCAGUGUCCAGUGGCGGUGGGUUCUUUUUUGGACUUUGCGUACUCUGGAGAGGUGCUAAUCACCGACAGCAAUGUAGACAUGCUGUUCCAGCUCGCCUCCUUUCUACAGGUUUCAGUCCUGUCCAGAGCGUGCAGCGACUUCCUGAUAGGAACCAUGGAUCUUUGUAGCUGCCUGUCCCUCUUGUCCCUGGCUGAGGCCUACGGCUCCACCUCCCUCCUCAAAAGUGCCAAAGAGUUUGUGAUUCAGAACUUCAACGACCUUUCCAAAACCCAGGACUUCCUGGAUAUGCAGGUGAAUGUGUUGGAGGCAUGCCUGAGGUCAGACUCUUUAAACAUUCCCAGUGAGGAGGCAGUGGUGACCUCCCUUCUCAGAUGGGUGCGGAGCGAUGUCCCAGUACGACAGAAGCUGUUACCAGGAUUGUUUUCUCUAACCAGACUGCACCAUGUACCUGCACCUGCACUUCAGACUCUGUGUGAUUCAGACACUCUGCUCUGCGAUGACGAGUCAUGUCUCGCCCUGCUGUCAGGGGCCCAGAGCAGACAGACCCAGUACGACGGCCUGCUCGCUGAUGCCAGGCCGGCCACCACGCAGAGCUACAUCUACAUCCACAAGACGGAAGAGAACGGAGAAAUCCGUCACACCUUCUGCUACUGUCUGGAAACAGACCAGUGGAAAGAGUUGGAGGGGACAACCACGUUUCCAGACCCACCGGGAUCAUACUUGACCAGCUAUGCCGAGAAGAUGUUUGUCACAGGCGGUUGUCGUGGAAACUGUUGCCGUGCGAUCCGUCUUCACAUAGCAGAACCCGUCCACGAGGCCACUGAUGAGGUUUGGUGCUUCAAUCCUGUGACUCUCACGUGCUCGCCCGCACCGGCCAUGCUGAAGCCCCGCACCAUGCACACGGCUGUGACCUGCCUGGACAGAGUGUACGUCAUCGGGGGGCGGACCAAGGGAUCCAGAGGCGGGGCUCCCAGUUUGCUGGAGGUGGAAUAUUACAACCCUCUGUCACAGACGUGGUGCUCAGUCAGCCCGCUGCCCACUGCCAUCUUCUACCCUGAAGCCAGUGCUUGUGGCAGCAUCAUCUAUACUCUUGGAUCAGAGGUGGAAAUCACAGGCUCAUUUAAUCCCUCGUUGGACUGUUUUUACAGCUAUGACGCCCAGCAGGACCAUUGGAGCCGCUUGGUGGCAGAGUUUGGCCUGUUCUUCCAUGCCACACUGGUCAAGGCAGUGUCAAUUGAUAACACACUGCACCUAUGCGAUCUCUCCACUUAUAAGGUGUACAGUUUUUGUCCAGAGACGAGCGUGUGGAAGGGUAAAGGGUCGUUCGAGUGCGCUGGGUUCAAUGCAGGAGCUGUGGGAAUGAGAGACAGAAUCUACAUCCUGGGUGGAGAUUACUCUCCUGACGAGAUCACAGAUGAAGUUCAGGUGUUCUACAGUGGGAGGAGUCAAUGGGAGGAAGUGGCGCCCAUGCCCAGAGCGCUCACAGAGUUUCACUGCCAAAUCAUCAGCUUCAACAGAUACAGAGACCCGUGGGGUGACACGGCAUGAUGCGCAUCAGACACUCACGCACAUGCACCAGACUAGAGAAUGGGACCUACAUGUGUGUUAUGUAAAAAUCUAUCCCAUGAUGUGUCUCCCUUGCCUUCAAACUCGUAUGCAUGAUGGACAUCGAUCACGUGGAGAGAGAAUCACCAUCGGCGUUGCCAGAUGCACAAAUAUUUUUAUUAUUCCUCAUUUGGAUGAUAACAUCACCCUUUGUACGAUCAAUAAUACCAAAUAUCCCAUAAUGUACGACAUUUUCAUCAUUUAGUGACACUAUUUUCAAAUUUUCCCUCUGUCAAAGCUGAUGACCAUCCAGAGUUUAUUUUCGACUAAUACCACAGCUCCUCUAAGAGAUCAUCGUAACAUGCGAGCACCGGGGCCAAAUGUUUUAUUUAUUGAUCUAUUUAUUUAUUUAUGAAGCUUUAAUCCCUAAAAUUGUACAUGUGAAGCACCAGCUGUCAUAAGCUAUUUGUCGUGUCAAUCUGAAUACGGUUCCUCCCAUGGAGGAACCCUUUUGAGCAAAGGACUAUUUUAGAAAUCCCAUUUUAUUACAAUUUGUCUUUGUCUGAUUCAUAUUUUUCAAAUAGAGAAUAUACUCAAAGAACACACACACACACUCACACACGCACACAUGCACAC